UGCCACAGAUAUAAAGCGGCGGGUCGUACAGCAAUCACAGUUACAGAAACAGACCAGACUACAGCGUGAGCAACAUACAGGACGGAGAAGAAGAUUACUUCGCUUUACAACACAGACCAUUCAGCUUCUAAUUGUGACCAUCAGCAGUAAAAAUGUCUUCAUCUGGAGGUGUAGCAAUUGGUAUCGACCUGGGCACCACCUUUUCCUGUGUCGGAGUUUUCCAACAUGGAAAAGUAGAAAUCAUCGCCAACGACCAGGGUAACAGGACCACCCCCAGUUAUGUAGCAUUCACUGACACAGAGAGGCUCAUUGGGGAUGCAGCCAAGAACCAGGUGGCUCUGAACCCCAGCAACACUGUGUUUGAUGCCAAGAGACUGAUUGGAAGAAAGAUGGAUGAUCCAGUGGUGCAGGCUGACAUGAAGCACUGGCCCUUCAAUGUGGUCGGAGAUGGAGGGAGGCCCAAAAUUCAAGUGGAGUACAAAGGUGAGAACAAAUCCUUCUAUCCUGAGGAGGUUUCCUCCAUGGUCCUGGUGAAGAUGAAGGAGAUUGCUGAGGCCUAUCUCGGUCAAAAGGUGUCCAGCGCAGUCAUCACAGUCCCGGCGUACUUCAACGACUCUCAGCGGCAGGCGACUAAAGACGCAGGCGUCAUCGCAGGACUGAAUGUCCUGAGGAUCAUCAACGAGCCCACAGCAGCUGCCAUCGCGUACGGUUUGGACAAAGGCAAAUCAGGAGAACAUAACGUCCUGAUCUUUGACCUAGGUGGAGGAACCUUUGAUGUGUCCAUCAUGACCAUUGAAGAUGGUAUCUUUGAGGUAAAAUCCACAGCUGGAGACACUCACCUGGGUGGAGAGGACUUUGACAACCGCAUGGUUAACCACUUUGUGGAGGAGUUCAAGAGGAAACACAAGAAGGAUAUUAGCCAGAACAAGAGAGCCUUGAGGAGGCUGCGCACAGCUUGUGAGAGGGCCAAGAGAACCCUGUCGUCCAGCUCCCAGGCCAGCAUCGAGAUUGAUUCUCUGUUCGAGGGCAUUGACUUUUACACUUCCAUCACCAGAGCUCGCUUUGAGGAGCUGUGCACCGACCUGUUCAGGGGAACAUUGGAGCCGGUGGAGAAAGCCCUGAGGGACGCCAAAAUGGACAAGGCACAGAUCCAGGACAUCGUCCUGGUGGGAGGCUCCACCCGAAUUCCCAAAAUCCAGAAACUGCUGCAGGACUUCUUUAAUGGCAGGGAACUGAACAAGAGCAUCAACCCAGAUGAGGCGGUGGCUUACGGUGCAGCUGUCCAGGCCGCCAUCCUAACUGGUGACAACUCUAGGAAUGUCCAGGACCUUCUGCUGCUGGACGUGGCGCCUCUGUCCCUGGGUAUAGAGACAGCUGGAGGAGUCAUGACAUCCCUGAUAAAACGCAACACCACAAUCCCCACUAAACAAACCCAGGUGUUCAGCACCUACUCCGACAACCAGCCUGGUGUUCUCAUCCAGGUCUAUGAAGGGGAAAGAGCCAUGACCAAGGACAACAACCUGCUGGGCAGGUUUGAGCUGACAGGAAUCCCUCCUGCUCCAAGAGGAGUCCCACAGAUCGAGGUCACCUUCGACGUGGACGCCAAUGGUAUUUUGAAUGUGUCCGCAGUGGACAAAAGCACCGGCAAAGAGAACAGGAUCACCAUCAACAACGAUAAGGGCCGUCUUAGCAAAGAGGAGAUCGAAAGGAUGGUGCAGGAUGCCGACAAAUACAAAGCUGAGGACGAACUUCAGAGGGAGAAAAUUGUUGCCAAGAACUCACUGGAGUCCUAUGCCUUCAACGUGAAGAGCAGUGUGCAGGACGAGAACCUAAAGGGGAAGAUUAGUGAAGAGGAGCAGAAGAAGCUGAUUGAGAAGUGCGAUGAGACCAUCACAUGGCUUGAGAACAACCAGCUGGCUGAUAAGGAGGAGUACCAACACCAGCAGAAAGAGCUGGAGAAAGUGUGUAGCCCUAUCAUCAGCAGGUUGUAUCAGGGAGGAAUGCCUGCAAGCAGCUGUAGGGAGGAGGCUGGAUCCGCAGCCCAGGGGCCCACCAUUGAGGAGGUGGACUAAAGUGUCCUUUGAUAUGGACUCUGUGAUCUCUGGGACUUUCUGACAUUUAUCUGUAAUCUUCUCUAGUUGGUUUGGUCAUUUCUCUAUUUUUAUUGUACUCAAGAAACCAAAAUACAUAUCACACAUAUCUGUCGUACAAUACUAUUUUUUUUAACUGUCCUCCCUUUAAUCCUAUACAUUAAGAAUAUAGGCCUUGCUUCUUACCGUAAGAUGUUUUUAUCCUGUUUAACUGUAUUGUAUAAAAUGUAAAAAUUCUUAAAUUUGAAAUAUAUAUUUCAUAUUACCCAUGAAUGACUUAGUAAUAAAUGUGAAAAUGCAAAAGAAUCUUCAUGCAGUUUAGUUUCAUCCUUAUUGUUUUCACCCAUGUCUCCAAGGGUCAAAUUUCAAAAUAAUCUAUUUGAUUUAAAGUUAAGGAACACUGCUAAAUAUAUG